GCGCUCCCGGCCACUGGCGGCGGCCCCCUGCAGACGCCGGCCGAGGACACCCGGCUGCACGUCUUCACGCUGGACUACCCGCACGUGCAGGUGCCCUUCGAGAUCACCCUCUGGAUCCUGCUGGCCUCGCUGGCCAAGAUCGGCUUUCAUCUCUAUCACAAGUUGCCCUCGGUAGUACCUGAAAGUUGCCUGCUUAUUUUGGUUGGACUCCUACUGGGUGGAAUUAUUUUUGGAGCAGAGGAAAAGUCCCCACCUGCAAUGAAGAGUGAUGUUUUCUUUUUGUAUCUCCUUCCUCCAAUUGUACUUGACGCAGGAUAUUUUAUGCCAACUCGUCUUUUCUUUGAGAACUUUGGCACUAUAAUCUUGUAUGCUGUAGUGGGCAUACUCUGGAAUGCUAUUGGGAUUGGGGUUUCCCUCUUUGGAAUUUGCCAGAUUCAAAUAUUUGGCUUGACUGAUAUCACAUUGCUGCAGUGUUUGCUCUUUGGAAGCUUAAUUUCAGCUGUGGAUCCUGUGGCAGUGCUGGCUGUUUUUGAAAAUAUUCAUGUCAAUGAACAACUUUACAUCCUAGUGUUUGGAGAGUCUCUGUUGAACGAUGCUGUAACAGUGGUGCUGUACAAUCUGUUCAAGUCUUUCUGCCAGAUGCGCACAAUUGAGACCAUUGAUGUAUUUGCUGGAAUCGCUAACUUCUUUGUAGUGGGGAUUGGUGGAGUGCUGAUUGGAAUCCUCCUGGGAUUUGUAGCAGCAUUUACUACCCGUUUCACUCAUAAAAUCCGAGUUAUUGAGCCACUCUUUGUCUUCCUGUACAGUUACUUGUCAUACAUAACGGCUGAAAUGUUUCACCUCUCUGGCAUCAUGGCGAUAACAGCUUGUGCCAUGACCAUGAAUAAAUAUGUGGAGGAGAAUGUUUCCCAGAAGUCCUUUACAACCAUAAAGUAUUUCAUGAAGAUGCUGAGCAGUGUCAGUGAGACCCUGAUCUUUAUAUUCAUGGGAGUGUCUACUGUUGGAAAAAACCAUGAAUGGAACUGGGCCUUUGUCUGCUUUACUCUUCUCUUCUGUUUGAUCUGGCGUGCGCUGGGUGUUUUUGUUUUGACUCAGAUUAUUAACAUGUUCCGGACAAUUCCCCUAACAUUCAAGGACCAGUUUAUCAUUGCUUAUGGAGGUCUCCGAGGAGCCAUCUGUUUUUCUCUUGUAUUUCUGCUCCCUGCUGCUGUGUUUCCUAGAAAGAAAUUGUUCAUCACUUCUGUUAUUGUGGUGAUAUUCUUUACAGUUUUCAUUCAGGGGAUAACAAUUCGUCCCCUGGUGGAGUUUCUUGAUGUGAAGAGGUCAAACAAAAAACAGCCAGCUGUCAGUGAAGAAAUUUACAAUCGGUUCUUUGAUCACGUGAAGGCUGGAAUAGAAGAUGUCUGUGGACACUGGGGUCACAACUUUUGGAGAGAUAAGUUUAUAAAGUUCGACAAAAAAUAUAUACGGAGACUUCUGAUCCGGGAAAACCAGCCCAAAUCUAGCAUUGUCUCUCUGUAUAAGAAACUGGAAAUAAAACAUGCCAUUGAGAUGGCAGAGAGUGGGAUGAUAAGCACAGUCCCAUCUUUAGCUUCUCUCACUGACUACCGGGAAUUGAAAGUAAAAGUAAAGCCGCUUUCCUCUGCUGAAAUGGAAAAUAUGCGGGCCAUUUUAACAAAGAACCUCUAUCAAAUACGCCAGCGGACGCUGUCAUAUAACAGACAUAGCCUGGCUGCAGAUGCAAGUGAAAAACAGGCGAAAGAAAUUCUUAUCCGUCGCCGGCACAGCCUGAGGGAGAGCGUUAGAAAAAGCUACAGUCUGUCUAGGGAGAGACCGGCUGCUGCUAAUACAACACGCUAUCUAUCCCUGCCCAAAAAUACUAAACUCCCAGAGAGACUACGAAUACGAAAGAAAGCAGCUUUUAGAGUGAGUGACAGCAGUGACUCUGACACAGAUGCUGCUACCACAGUGCUCAAUUUAAAACCCAGACCAGGAAACAAAAUGAGAGACCCAAAGCAAAAACAGCGGAAGCCACAGCAGCAAUUUAGAAUGGAAUGGAGGAAUGAAGUCGAUAGAGACUGGGAUGGAAAAGGAGAUCACAGGGAGGCAGCUAACCAAGCACUGACAUCUAGCGGGUUCAGGCAACCUCUGUUGUCAAGACCAAGGUUUGGUACACUGAGUGAAGAAGAUUUGGCUAAAGAUGAUGGAUCAACAAGACCAAUGCCGCCACCACGGCUAGGCAGGCAGGCCUCAGAAGCUGAAAGGCACAGUUCUAAAUCUGAGAAUCAGCCAUACUGAAAACAGCUGCAGUUGAAAUAUCAAUGAAGAACUACAGAGGCAUUAAAUUAGACUCCUUGACUGGACAAGGAAUGCGCUAUAAAAAUGUGGUGUGAAUCAAAAAGUAUUUCCUUUGGGUUGCCUGUCCAUACUACUGAUUAACUAGAUGACACGCAACAAAAGCAAACCCCAGACACAAAGGAUAACCUCUUUUUU